UGAUGUCGAGUUUUAUCAUAUUUUCCACAAUGACUCGAAGCUUAAAUGCAUUAACAUUUUGUAUUCAUAAAUAUUUUAUAUUUAUUUAUUUAUAAUAUGAUUUGUGAAAAGUAUCGUUUAAGACUUAGAGCAGCGAAAACUUCCAGAAAUGUGUGGUCUGAAAAAUAUUGAGUAUAUACGCUUUGUGAAAACAUUGGAAUAUCUUUUCUCGGAUAUUCCUCAGAAUAGAAUGUUUAGCAAGUGCUGGCUGGAAAUAUUACUUGUAAUCCCAGUUUACCAAGAAACUUAUUUCGGUACCUCAAAACCUUUCCUCAGGUAUCGCGCUUCCCGACCCUUCACUUUGCAUGACGUGCUAAAUAUGCAUUUAACUGCUUCCCACAUUUAUGACUGACUGCCUCCAUUAAAUAAAAAGUCCAGCGUUCGACAACCAUAAUUUUGUCCUCGUUCAGUACCCAUAUUUCGUAGCAUUUUAGCUAAUAAAAAUCAAUCCACUGCACAACCACAACAUUUGUAAAACCCGUCAAAAUUAUUUCCCCCAUUAAAGUGAGUGAGUAUCUAUAACUGAAGAAGUACAAGAACAAUACAAUCCUAGUGCUUGAUAAGAAGAGAACUUUGAAGUGUCCAUUAUGGAAAUCGCUAACGAUAUUGUCCCGGGAUGCAGCAUUCACGCUGAGAAGAACAACCAGGGAUCCAAUUUCAUAGACUAUUCUCCGCCCCAAAGGAUGGAGAAAAUUUCACCACAAAUCCUGGGCGACCAAAAACAACCCCUCGCCGUCGUCUCCAAGGAGGAGGCGACAAGCUGGCGACAAACACACCCGCUCCUGAUUGCGGAGGUCCUCGAAACCAUUUUCUCUUACGUGGACCACGCCACUCUGAAGACCUGCUGCACCGUGUCCUCCCGCUGGUCCGUCCUGGCCACCCCGCUGCUUCGAUCCCGCUCCCAGAUCCGCAUCCUAUGCGGAGGGAGUGAAGAAUUCUUCUCCACGAUCUCCUCCUCCGCCAUCCUUCCCAUGGCCAGUCUCACCUACAGAGUCCACCGCCCCUCACCCCCCUCCUCCCCCUUCCUGUCCGAUAGAGCGUCCAGUUUCUUCGCCAAGUUUGGUCCUUCCCUCACCUCUCUCACCCUGCACGCUGACGACAUGACCGAAUCCACUUCAAAGCACUAUUUCUCCAUAGUGUCCCACCUUGUGAGUCGCGACUGCCCCUCCUUGACCCACUUGGCCUUGAUAAACCUUCAAUUUCUCCGUUACGACGACCCCCUCGACCCUGCCAUCCUGAAUUUCACGUCACCUUCAAUCCGCCAUUUUACCAUCUCAUUCGGAACCACCUUCUCCCUCCGACCGGGAACUGUCUUGAACGGCGUGGCAGUUUUCAAAUCCCUCCUCACCAUCGCCCCCAACGCUACGAAUCUCACGACCGGCUGCCUCGGUGGGGGUGAAACCUUCACUAUCUUCCUCAGAAUGUUGAAAGACUCCCAGAUUUCGGGCCAACUGACCAGCUUCUCCCUCCACGGGGGUCCACUCGACAAGGUGGCCUUGAAUUUGCUAAAUUCCAUGAACUUCCCGAAACUCACCUCGUUCAAGAUCGAUACCAAAAUCACGGUGCAGACGACCGAAUUCAUGCACUUUUUAGAAAAGUUGAGCCCCCUUUUGGAAAAAUUGGUCAUGUUUGGCGACAAGUGGGGAGAAAAGGAUGAGGGCGGAAUUACGAUGGAUUUCCCCCUCAUGCCAAAACUCAGGGUGUUUAAGCAUCAGGCUUGCGAGUGGGGGGUGCAGAUUUUCUGAAAAGAUUGCCAAAUUUGGGGGAGCUGGAGAUUCGCAAUUGUCGACGUUCCUCCUUGAGAGAUAUGAGGGAUACCGUGUACGGAACAAUGUUCAAGCCGAGGGAGGAAAUCAUGGGGGAAAAUCCUAUUUAUGCCAACGUCCAUGUCAAGAAGGUUGUUCUCGAUGUGGUCUUUGUCCCCUCGUUUGAAAAUCUGGGGUCGAUUGAUAAAAUACUAAAAAUGUUUCCAAACGUGACGGAGUUUGAGCUCGCGGUCAGUUUCGCGUAUAAAAACAUCUGCGUGGGAUACGUUCUGGAGACGCUGGCCGAAUCGAAGAUUAAGAAGAUCAAGGUCAAGUUUUUAGCGUGUGAUCAACUCAUGCGAGGGUAUGAGAGGGUUUCGGCAUCAUUUCAUGCCGCGUUGGAGAGAUAUUUGCCCAAAUUUUCUGAACUCCAACGGGUCGACCUUAUCCUGGAGGACAUGUCACCCAUGUCAACAUUCCACUUGCCACUUUACGUUGUUGAAGGGAUAUUAUGCACCAAGUCGUUGAGGGUCCUUAACCUGACCGGAUUUUCCAUUGGGCAGGACGGCGAAGAAGAGACGGAAAUGUGUCGCCAACUCUUAGAUGACAAAUUGGUCCAGUGGAAAAUUAGUGAUCCAUACAUCCAUACGCCGGAUAUGAAUGAAACAUGACGUUUUCCAUUUAUUGACCUACAGUCGCCAAACUUUCUGAGAAUGUUUACGGUCACGCAGGUCAAAGCAUAUUUUCUCAUAUUUGUCAUAUUUUAGGGGUUUGGGGCAUACUCAUAUUCCCGAUCAUAUUUCGGGCUUUUUUCGUUCAUUUUAUAAUUUUUGGCGAGAUUCUAAGAUUUGGCAACCAAAUCGACAGAAAAUGACAAAAGAUUCAGUUUUCUCACAAUGAUUCAUUGUCAGAAACUUACAUUGUCAAUUUACAUUGACUUUUGUUUACUCUAAGGUGAUUUAAUUCAUUGGGAAUGAAUUAAAUCACCCCAGAACUUGUUUAAUUGCUAAAGAUUGAGUAUCACAAGAAAAAAAUAUAAAAACAUUAAGCCAAAAAUUUAAAAAAUAAAGUAAUUUUUGUGGUCAUAUUUUGGGGAUUUUUACGGUAAUUUUUCAUUCAUAUUUUGAGGUUUCAUCGGUCAUUCAUAUCCGACGUCUGGUGCCAUCCCAUGUUCACUAUAUUGUAGUAUUUUGACUAUACAUAUUAGUUAGUUGAUUAUUAUAUGUUCGUCAUCUAUUUACAAUACAAUAAUGCAGGUUUGAUUUUUUUGUGGAGAAUUUGAACAGAUUUUGAUAAUCGAGGAGGUUCUUUUUUGAGAUAAGUAGUUGGAAAUAUGCAUUUUUGGUAUUUUGACUUCUUUUACCCUACGAUGCAAAAUUGUUUUCUGUGUAUAAAACGAUUUCAUCUCGAUCUUGUCUUUUAUUUUACUUUAAUCCAAUCUUCCAUCAAACAAUAAUGCUUCCAUCUCUCCGUAUACAUAGAUAGAUAUGUAUGUAGUAAAAAAUAAUAUGAUUUAUUUGCGUGCCUGAUUUAAUCAGAAUAUAGUUUUAUGAUAAUAACUAGUAAAAACUUAACAAAUAAUUGAAUUGACAAAUCUGAGAAUAAAAUAAAUAAUUAACAUACAAAUAUUUUGCUUACAUAGUUUCAAAAUCUUUUCAAAACAAUUUUAAACUAUGCAAUAUAAUUUUUUAGGCAUGAAUGUAUUUAACACACAAAUUGUUCUGAUGCAUUUUCACGAACAUUAUAAACAAAAAUGCACUACAGUAUAAAUAAUGAAUGAAUUAAACAAACUAAUAAUUAAAUACCCAAUUAAAAGUAUAAAGUUUAACUGU